AUGCACCCCUGGACUGAUAGAGUCAUAUCAAUUUACACCUUUCCCAUCGGCCUCCUCACGCCAGACUUCCGGAUGACCCUCGGAAUAACCGCUACAGCGGUCCGCCAGACGACAGGGUUGGCAAGGCGGGCUCAGCAAGGUCACCCCGGAAUUGUGGCUUCGAUACCGCCCACCACCAUCCCCAGAUUUCACUCUCAUUCUCAGGCCGCACAACAUGAGGUCGAAGUCACCUGGUUUCUGUGGCUUGCAUCAAUUCCCUCACCUCCUACUCGGAGAUUUCAGGAUCAGAACGUCGACAUCGUGCCAGAAGCAUGUCUCACAACCUCACUUCCCACCCGCCGGACCAUCAUGAGGACCGGAAAAGCGGCUUCGGCUUCCACAUUCUCUGGUAGUCUGAGGUGA